AUGUCUGGUUAUGACAACAACAAUAACAACAACAAUUUUGAAACUAAAAAAAAUGAUGAUGAAAAUCAAACUUUAUCUUUUGAUAUAAAACAAACUUCUUUGUACAAUUCUGCCAACCCAUAUCUAAAUAGUUAUAUUAAAAGUUAUAAUUCAUAUCAAACCUUAAAUUCUUCACCACAAAUAAACCAACAACAACAAUCAAAUAAUAAUAAUAAUAAUAAUAGUGAUAAUAAUGCAUAUGAUAAUGAUAGCAAUAAAAAUGAUAAUACUACACAUAGUUAUGGUACAAUUGAAGGUAGUGAUUCUGCCUAUUCAAUAAUGCCAACUGUAUCAAUAACAACAUCAACAUCAACAUCAACAACACCAUCUACAAAAACAAAUAAUAAUUCAUAUUCAAAUGAUAGUGAUAAUAGUAAUAUGAGUGUUGGUUAUGAUAAUAAUAGUUUAGUUGAUAGUAGUAGUAGUAGUAGUUUUAAUGGUAAUAGUAGUAAUAGUAGUAUUUGUAAUACACCCAGAUCACCAAGACCUUCCUCUGCUACACCCGAUCUAGAUGCCAUAGAGCGAGAGAGUAGAGAGAGGAAACUACUUCAAUCUAGAGAGGAGCGUGAUAGAGACAAAGGCAGAGAUUGGAACCAAGAGUUUCAGUCACUCUUAAAGGAACCUUACUGUCUAGACAAGUUUGAAAAGUUAACUUUUGUUGCAAUGGAUUUUGUAAAGGCUGCUGAAACAUAUGGUAAAUUAAUUAUAAAGGAAAUGUUUAUGCCAAUAGCUCUUAGAACAAUAAAGCCAACAAAGAUCGGUGGAAUUGCAGGUGGUGAUAAGUAUAUCUGUCAGAAUAUCCUAUUCAAGUUUGCAUACGAUCAGAAGAUCAAUGAUCAAUGGUUGUACGGUGGUAAUUUCCCAUCGGAGUAUGGUGCAUCUAAGGCUGCUGGAAAUGAACUUAGAGGAUUAUCUUAUUUCUUUCAAAAUUUAAUGGAUUAUGAUCUAGUGAAUAAGAUAAGUGUACCUUUAAUGUGUAUUAUAGAUUAUUAUGGUUAUAGAUUAGUUGCUAUAUCAUUGUUACCAAUUAAUAAAGAAACUUUGAUCUAUGGUAGUUGUGAUGGUGGUCAUAAUGUACAUAGUGACAUCCAAGAAGUGAAUGAUAUCAUGGAGAAAGUUGCAAAAGGAAUGAAUUUAAGAGGACAUUUAUCAGGUUUAAAUCCAAAGUUUCUUUAUGGUCCUGGUGAUUUCGAAAUACAUAGAUCAAUAAGUUCACAAUCAGAUCUCUAUUACUCAUUAGAUUUUGCAAGAUUAUUGCCACCACAAGCAUAUUUCGAUGAAUACAAUAAUAGUAUUUCACAUAGAGAGAUAUUCUAUAAGUUGUUGAGGCCGGAAUUGAUUAGAACUUAUGAUACACCACUUUCUUCUGAUGCUUUUAGUGGUUGGAGUGCAGCCGAUCCAAACUACAAGUCAUAUAAUCAAGAUGUUACCGAUGCCACCAAUCAUCUCUAUGAUGUCAUUAUCAGAGAAGCUGCAACCGAGUUGGAGUCGAGAAAAGAUAGUGAUUUGAAAAAGUUGGACUUGGCAGUGGAGGUUCACAAGUUUGGUAUCAAUCUCAGACACCUCGGUAGACUUCGUAGUCAGGUGGAUUCACACAAUACCAACCUGCGAAAAGCAAUACUCAAUGAGAUGGUCGAACGUAUCCUAAAGAAUAAGAUUAAAGACGACCUUCGGCUGAAUCUCAGUGGUCAUUUCAUUGGCUCCGAAGAGAAGUGUAUUGAAACCAUUGUUAACUUUUUGAAUAGGUUGUUCAAUGUCGAUCGAUUCUUGCCUUCACAAAAACCAUUCUGGACGGUAACAAUCAAGUCGUUGAUCGUCGAGAAAUACGGUGCCGACUGCUGCGGACUCACAGAAGCGGAACUCGAUAACAAGUAUGACUUGAUCAAAUCCAUCGAUCUCUCCACGGUAAUAUCGUUGUUCCAAUCGAAAACCGGCAUUAAACUGUCGUCUCGUGUCAGAAAUAUUCUGGCUGACAACAAACUACCGAGAGUUCUUUACACCGAUGUCAAAUCAGUGUUGCCGCUUGUCAAACACUCCAAUAUGAUUGCGCGAUCCGAGGGUAUUUCAUUGUAUAUGAAAGCACUAGAGAUGAUCUACUCCAACAAUGUUUGCUAUGGAAAGGCGUCACGUCCGCCAAACUACAGCUAUUUCAAUAGGGAAUACUAUGAGGAGCUCAGUUUGCUUGCGCAGUGUAAGAGCAAGUUGGAGCUGGCAUCACGUUCAUCCACUACCGAUGCCAUUCUUUAUCAGCUGUUGGGUCUGGUCGAUAUCGAAGUCUACAAGAUGAGCGAACAAUACGCAGAGUCACCACACUUGCAAUCGGCAGAGAAGAACUUCCUUACCUCUUUGUCGUAUCAUUACGCACCGGGCACGUUGGUAUCGCUUGGCACUGUCUAUGGACUGAUGUGCAAGAUGGACAAUGCCAACAAGCAGUAUCUCGCACUCUCACGUUUCAAUCCAGCCGAUUUCAUUGACACCCUGUUUGAAAGUGGAUCGCUAUACACUCCCUACUUUUCAUACCAAAAUUACUUUUAUACAAACUAUAUCCCCACGUCGCUACACCAACUUCUCGUAUUGAGAAGCUACCUUGAGAAGAUGGAUGUUGACAAUCCAAUGCGUAAGCAGUAUCUUCAUAGAACUUUGAAACAGGUUUCAAUGUUGUUGCUCCGUUCGCUUCAGGUAUCAGAUUGCUACAGACAACAGUAUGUUUUGAAUGCAAUUAGAUUGUACUUGAAUCUUCCACCAAAGAAAUUAAUGACAGAGAUGGACGUUGCAGAGGAUGGUGGUACGCUGUUAGAGCAAAUCAUCAUAGACGAACCAAACAUACUCGAUGAUAUCAUGGCGGCAUCAGCAACCAGUCAGUAUGGUAGUGUUCCAUUCUUGGUUCUGAUAAAGUAUAUCCCUUACUCGAAAUCACUUUGUCACCUAGUUGAACGGCUACUUAAUGAAUCGCCACUCUCCAAUUUCCACUUACAAGAGGAACACGAAAUGACCAGUACACCUAUCUCCACAAGCAUACUAUGCGGUCUUAAUGUUCAAUUCGAUUCGCUAAAGAUUCAAAAGAAAAACAGUGAGAACAUUCCAAUCUCUGUAUUAUCGAAACAAGCCAAUCUGAGAAAACUCAGACUUGAAGGACUCUAUUUCGCAAAUGCAGACUGUCUUCUUGCAAUACUAUCGUUACUUCAGCCGACAUUGGAGAACCUACACAUCAACUGCUUCAACAAUUGUCCAGGUGAUUUGCAAACACUGCCAAUCAUCUCACUUCCAAACCUAAAGACUGUUCAUAUCCAAGAGUUUACAUUCAAUAAUUCAUCAAAGAUACUAAACAUGCUCGUUUUAUCUUUUGUUUCGUCGGUGGAGAGUCUCUCACUUGAAAAUCUACCGGAUUUCAACUACGAUCUCUUGAUACAGAUGACCAAACUAAAGUCACUUAAAUUCCGGUACAUGAAGAGGAUCUCACCUGAAAUUCUACCGGCAACACUCGAAGAGUUCAAUGGUUUGUACUAUAUCGAUGACUUGGCCAAGCUGAUGACCCGUUGCCCAAAGAUCAAGAGUAUUAUUUGUAGAUCAUCUGAUUUCGACUAUCCAAUAUUCAAACAACUAAAGGUGCUUGCUGGUCAUCCACUGGAGCAUCUCGUGAUCGAUAUCUCACAGAAACUGCUGACUGAACACGAUAUGCAUUUGGGUAUAGAUGUUCUGGCCAGCUCCCUCAAACAUGCCGAUUUCUACAUCAAUGCAUACGGUUCGUUUGUGCAUAUGACAGAGUUUCUAACGGCAUUCAAAAAUCUCACGGUUCUCCAUCUCGAUUUCCGAGAGUUUAAUGAUACACACCUCGCUCAUGUCAUCGCUAACCUAACACAAGUAACCGACUUUUUUUGUAAUUCCAAUGAAUUGCAUCUAUCAAAUUCAGAUCUGAAACAAUGGAGUUCCGUCAAAAUAUUGCAACUAAAGAGUAUUGCCAGUCCUAAAACCAACUUCCUCAAUCUUGGUCUUGUAUUCCCCAACAUUAUACAUCUAUCUUUAUCUGAUCCCAUCAAUUUCCAAGAUACAGACCUCAUGAAUAUAGUAGAGAACAUAAACCCAUUACUGGAAUCACUCAAGCUUGGAAUCUGUUCCUUCCUGACAGAUGGUCCAAUCAUCGAACUAAGCAAACAUUUACUAUCGCUUACACAUAUCGAUUUUCUUUUGAAUGUUGGGGAUGCCUGUAUCAUCAAACUUGCAGAAUCAUUACCUAAACUUAAAUCAAUCCACACAAGACCAUUUAAAUCGGAGAAAGCUGAUCAAUUCUUUAACUCAAGAUACUCUCAUAUUACACUUAGACGUAAUCUUACUUAUUAA